AUGCAGCUGCAGAACGCCACCACUCGCUGCUCCUCUGCAGCAACAAAGGCGAAGCCCUGUCUCUUGCAGGAGCAGCAGCAGCAAAUGCUUGCUGCUGUUGCUGCUGCUGCUGCUGCUGCUGUUGGUGCCCCAGAGAAAGCAGCACCAGCACCAGCAGAAGCAACAGCAGCAGAAGAAGCACCAGCAGCAACAGCAGCAGCAGCAACAGCAGCAGCAGCAACAGCAGCAACAGAAAAAGGAGCAGCAGCAGCAGCUCUAACCGCAGCAGAUGAUAUCUUGAUAGACACCGUGGAGCCGUUGCUUUGGCAGCUGCAGCAGCAGGUGCUUCAGCAGCAGCAGCAGGCAGCAGCAGCAGCAGCAGCGACUGAAGCCCUGCAAAAUCUAUGUAGCAGCAGCAGCCACAGCGGCAGGUGCAGCAGCAGGUGCUGCAGCAGCAACAGCAUCAGCGCGACCAGCAGCAGCAGCAGCAGCAGCGGCAGCAGCAGAGAUAACAGCAACACGAACACUGCAAGGACGGCACCAGCAGUAGCUCCGUGUGCAGCAGCACUUUGUGCUGCCACUGUGUCUUUGCUGCAGCGCGACGCAGCCUUUAAGCUGCAGCUGCUGCAGGAGGUCGCAGCAGCGGCAGCAGCAGCAGCAGUAGAAACAGGAGCAGCAGCAGCUGCUGCUGCUGCUACAGCCAAGGCCGCACGCCUCGCUUGGCUGACUCAACCCUGUGCAGCAGAGCUGCAGCAGCUGCUGCUGCAGUUGCGCCGCAAGCAGCAGCAGCAGCAGCAGCAGCAACAGCAGCAGCAGCAAAAGCCGCAACGGCAGCUGACUGCACAGACAACUCGCGUGCCUAUUACUUGA